GCCACGGAAUGGAUCUGCUCCGAGCGGGGACGUCGCUGACGAGCCCGGCUUCCCGCGGCGGCUAGGAGCCCGGCCACUGGCCCCGGCAGGCUGCGGAGACCCGGAGGCCCCGAGGAGAGCGGCGCCGCGCCGAGGGACGGACGCACGGACAGCCCGAUGGUUGGCGCGAACCCGGGAGGACCGCGGCGGGGGCUGAGCUCGGCGAGCCGCCCGGGAGGAGAAACUAACUGCCACCCCAAGUUGCCCCGCCGGCUUUCCCUCGCUGCGCUGAGGAAUGAAACCUUUCCAGCUCGAUCUGCUCUUCGUGUGCUUCUUCCUUUUCAGUCAAGAGCUGGGCCUCCAGAAGAGAGGAUGCUGUCUGGUGCUGGGCUACAUGGCCAAGGACAAAUUUCGGAGAAUGAAUGAAGGCCAAGUGUACUCCUUCAGCCAACAACCCCAGGACCAGGCCGUGGUGUCGGGCCAGCCCGUGACACUGCUAUGUGCCAUCCCUGAAUACGACGGCUUCGUCCUGUGGAUCAAAGACGGCUUGGCUCUGGGAGUGGGCAGGGACCUCUCAAGUUACCCACAGUACCUGGUGGUAGGGAACCACCUGUCAGGAGAGCACCACCUGAAGAUCCUGCGGGCAGAGCUGCAAGAUGACGCCGUGUACGAAUGCCAAGCCAUCCAAGCCGCCAUAAGGUCCCGCCCCGCACGCCUCACCGUCCUGGAACCCAUUGCCCCUGGGACACCCUGCCUGAGAGGUCCCCAUUCCUUCACCCAGGCAGACCUGCCUGAAGACAAGGGAGUGAGCUCGGCCGCCUCUUAA